UCAUACAAGUCAAUACGCUCGUGAAUGAGGAUCUCCAGCUGUACACUCGGUAGUUGUCCAACGCGGGCUAUUGCGUUAUGUGCAUGGUGGUUUCGUUCUCUUACCAAUACCUCUCCAAAGGCGUUUUCGCAAGUGAUUAAUAUUCUGAAUUGCGUGGCUGAGGAGACCUGCGGCUGAUACCAGUACAAACUCACAGGUUUCAAUUGUCAUCGGUACACUUUCUUCACCAGAGAGAGUCAUCUCGAAAGUGCGCGCUUUACUCUAGUGGGGAAAAGGGAUAUUACGGAUUCUACGUGCAGUUUUUCAUUCUGAGGACAACAUGCCUCAGACGCCACUGCUGACCGGCAUGCUGGUCUCCAGGGGUUACAAUAAUAAGAACCUGUACCAGAGUCCGAACCAGACCAAGGAGGAGGGAUACGGUAACGCAGGACUGUGUUACCGUGACAACGCCCUUGUGUCAGGCUCACUGGAGGCCCUCAUACACCACCUGGUCCCUAGUAUGGACUACUACCCUGACAUGACGUACUCUUUCACCUUCCUGCUCUCCUCUCGUCUCUUUAUCCACCCCUACGAGCUCAUGUCCAAGGUGUGUCACCUGUGUGUGGAGCAGCAGAGACUGAGUGACCCUCAGGCAGACAAGAUGAGGAUCAGGAAGUUGGCUCCCAGGAUCCUCCAGCUGCUCCAGGAGUGGACAGAGACGUUCCCCUACGACUUCAGAGACGAGAGGAUGAUGAGGAGCCUGAAGGAGUUAACCCAACGCAUGGCCUCGGGAGAUGAGCUGUACAGGAAGGUGGUUCACCAGAUGAUUCAGGUCCUAAUCAGGAAGCUGACUACUCUGAGCCAGUACGAGGAGGCCCUGGUCAAGGUCAAUGCUACAGCCACAGACCGACUGACUGUGCUCAAGGCCAAGCCUCAGGCCAUCCAGAGGGACAUGCUGUCCGUCUGUAACGACCCCUUCACCGUGGCACAGCAGCUCACUCACAUAGAACUGGAGAGACUGAGUUACAUCGGACCAGAGGAAUUUAUCCAGGCGUUUGAGAAGAAAGACCCUCUUGAUAAUGAUAAGAGCUGUUUCAGCGAUCACAAGAAGACUAGCAACCUGGAGGCGUAUGUCGAAUGGUUCAACAGACUCAGCUUCAUGGUGGCCACAGAGAUCUGCAUGCCCGUAAAGAAGAAGCAGCGAGCGCGAGUCAUGGAGUUCUUCAUCGACGUGGCGCAGGAAUGUUUCAACAUCGGCAACUUCAACUCCCUCAUGGCCAUUAUCUCUGGGAUGAACAUGAGUCCUGUGUCUCGACUGAAGAAGACCUGGAGCAAAGUCAAGACGGACAAGUUUGACAUCUUAGAGCUCCAGAUGGAUCCUUCCGGUAACUUCUACAACUACAGAACAGCGUUUAGAGGAGCGACGCAGAGGUCCAGAACAGCCAACAGCACUAGAGAGAAGAUCGUCAUCCCGUUCUUCAGCCUACUGAUCAAAGACAUCUAUUUCCUGAACGAGGGAUGUUCCAACAGGAUGCAGAAUGGACAUGUAAACUUUGAGAAAUUCUGGGAGAUGGCGAAGCAAGUUAGCGAGUUCAUGGUUUGGAAGAAGGUGGAGUGUCCGUUUGAGAAGGACCGUAAGAUUCUCCAGUAUCUGCUCACCGCACCGGUCUUCAGCGAGGACACUCUGUGUCUGGCCUCCUAUGACAGUGAAGGCCCUGAGAAUAAUAUGGAGAAGGACAGAUGGAAGUCUUUGAGAUCUACUCUGCUAAGUAGAGUCUAGAGUUUCUGAAGGAGGAACCAAGUCAACCCAGUCUGACAACCAAGCCGAGCUGUGGGGGAUGUCCAAAUAACAGAAUUCCUGUUUGGAUGGGAAACGACAAUCUGGCCUGUUCUGUUUAGCAGAUCAGGAACUUUUCUGUUCUCCGGUCAAGGAGAGUUUGGUCUUCUUCAUGUUGUAUGUUUCCAGGAAAACUUUUUUCAUCUCUUUUGAAUGAAUUUCUAUACUUACACUUUUUUUGGGAACAAAUAAAUAAUAAGUUACGACCAUGGUGAGGAGGAGAGGAAAGUCAAAGGGAAACUUCUUUUGUUGUCCUUUUGGCUACGUCUGUCGAAAACGUAACGAAAUACACCGGGUAUUUACACCGGGUAUUUACACCGGGUAUUUACACUGUUGAUCAAAAUCAUUUUGAAGAUGUAUUUGACUUCUACAGGAGUUGAGAGUUGGCUGCUGGAUGGCCAACUGAUUCAGUCCUAACAUGUACAAUGAACAGGCUGCUCUCGCUCUCUCUCUCUCUCUCUCUUUGUCUCUCUCUCUCUCUCUCUUUGUCUCUCUCUUUGUCUCUCUCUCGCUCUCUCUCUCUUUGUCUCUCUCUCUCUCUUUGUCUCUCUCUUUGUCUCUCUCUCGCUCUCUCUCUCUUUGUCUCUCUCUCUUUGUCUCUUUCUCUCUCUGUCUCUCUCUCUCUGUCUCUCUUUGUCUCUCUCUGUCUCUCUUUGUCUCUCUCUGUCUCUCUCUCUGUGUCUGUCUCUCUCUCUCUGUCUCUCUCUGUGUCUCUCUCUCUCUCUGUCUCUCUCUCUCUCUCUCUCUCUGUCUCUCUCUCUCUCUCUCUCUCUCUCUCUCUCUCUCUCUCUCUCUCUCUUUGUCUCUCUCUCUCUGUCUCUCUCUCUCUGUCUCUCUUUGUCUCUAUCUCUCUCUCUCUUUGUCUCUCUCUCUCUGUCUCUCUCUCUUUAAAAAGCCAGCAUUGUGUUUACUGGGAAUCAGUAUAAUGUAUAAUGGUGUCAAAGCUAACCUACAGCAGGGUUGGUAUAGAAAAUAUGAAGCUAAUGUUUAUUUGUGUGCGUGUGUGUAUGUGUGUUACAUGUACCGUUAUACGUGACUCUCUUGCUCCAGUUGGUGUGGUCGGCCUGCUCAGUAUGUUUACAAAGCACUGAGUGCAUUGGAUUGAUGCUCUACAACAGGAAGCAACACCUUCCUUCUCCUCUCAUCCUUUAUCAAUGGGACACUCAGCCACGGGCAGAAACAGAGGGGUGGGUGGGGAUGUUAAGAUGGUGUUAACGUCCACCCCUGAAGUCCCCGGGACCGAGUUUGGGAGACACUGAUAUAGAGAAUAGUGUGCUAUUUGGGACGCGAGCAGCUGCUGAUAAUCAGUGUUUUGGUGUUCUGCCACUAACCAGUAUGUUCCUGAUAAUCAGUGUUUUGGUGUUCUGCCACUAACCAGCCACUUUGAUGGAAUAAAAAUAGCUUUGGAGGACUGUCCUGCGCUGAGCACUCAAGAUUAUCCAUCCUGUGAUAGUGGCGUAGCUAAUCACUAUGCCCCUCCCAUGAGUAUAGAAAUGCAAUGCGGUUGUAUCGCCCCCUUGUGGUUGAGUUAAGUAAGUGCUGUGGCGGAGCAGAGUUGAGCCAGGGAAUGAGUUGAUUUAUGUCAUUGUGGAGAUUGUGUGUGAGCUGAGGAGUUGGAAUUUUUUUCCCCUCAGUUAAUGCUGGAUCAAACGUUCUUCCUCAGAGGUUGUACUUUCUUCAUAUUAUUGUUUUCAUCAUAUUUGUUUUAUUUAUGAUCCUCUCUGUAGUCGUCAUUAUUUAAUAUUAUGGAUAUUUUCAAAUAUUUUAUUGUAUUUGUUAUAUCAUUUUGUACUAGGUACAUUUCAUUGUUAUUAGAUUUUGCCCUAAACUGAUCAUUUUUUGUUCAGGUUUGUACGAGAACCCUUCAUUUUUAGGAUUCUAGUAUACACUUUGAAGUUAAACAUAUUGGGCACGUUCCAGGCCCACUACAUUGUAGGCGUGGCAAAGCUCAUAUCUGGCAGGCGUCUGCAAUGUAGUCGUUCUGGAACGCGGCCAUUGAUUGACGUAUAGCGUUGCCUUUUCUUUUUGCAGUUUCUCCUCUCUACACGAUAAUGUGGUUUGACUGUGUAAAUACUUCUGUUUUUCCCUGUGUUUAUCUGUGUUUUUGUAUUUGGACUGUUAAGCUGGAAUAGAUCACCUGCUUUAUUACUGAGUUCGUUGUUAGAAGAGAAAGUGACAAAGUUCAUUUAAAAAAUGCUGAAGUUAAUGGAGGAAUCUGUUCAUGAUUUUUUUUUUUUUAUUAAAAAAAUGUCACCUUUAUUUAACCAGGUAGGCUAGUUGAGAACAAGUUCUCAUUUGCAACUGCGACCUGGCCAAGAUAAAGCAUAGCAGUGUGAACAGACAA